AUGGCUUCUCCAGCCUCGUCAAGUGUUGCUUCGGCUCAGAGGAGGCCGAAGCCGCCGGCAUACCCGUUCUACCUCGGAGGUGUAGCAGCAUGUCUCGCAUCGUUCGUGACACAUCCACUGGACUGCGUCAAGAACCGGAUGCAAACUGCAAAGGCAAAGCAGGGAAUGUGGGAUGCACUCAAGGGCACCGCAAAGCACGAUGGGGUAUCUGGAUUGUAUGCUGGCCUGACUGCGAGCUUGCUGCGGCAAAUGACAUAUAGCGUCACCAGGUGAGUUUGGCGACAGGAACAGUGACUCGAUCGAACGCAUGAGCUGCGCUGCACGUCAACUGCUGCGACCUUCCAACACCUGUCACCGACUGGCGAUCCUGCUCUGGGCGCUCUCGAGCUCUGCUCAUCUUUCGUCGCCCCUUCUUCACAGGUUUGGGGCUUACGACUGGUUGAAAGUAGAGCUCAGAACGCCGUCUGAUGGACCACCUAGCAAACCCCUGCCCGCGUGGAAGUUAGCAGCUUGUGCCUCAAUAGCAGGCGCCGCAGGAGGUAUAGCAGGGAACCCAGCUGGUGAGUGCGCUUGCAGACAGCGCGCGGCGGCCUCUUGCGUGUUCGCAGCUUAAGCCGGUCGCAUCUGCUCUCUGCUUGUCUUAGACAUCAUUCUCGUGCGGAUGACGUCAGACCUCAACAGACCACCAGCAGAGCGGUAUAAUUAUAAACACGCUCUACAUGGGGUCUACCGCAUGACUGUCACGGAGGGUCCCGUGUCGCUGUUCCGCGGUAUCGUCCCAAACGUCACAAGAGCGGUGCUCAUGAACGCAUCUCAGCUUGCAACGUACGACUUCUUCAAACAUUCCCUGCUCAACACUGGGCUCUACAAGGAAGGUACAUGGCUUCACUUCAGUGCAAGCUUCCUGGCAGGCACGGUUGCAACCACCGUUUGCAGCCCAGCUGAGUGAGUCGCGAAACGCGUUGCGAUCACUUUCAGAUGGCUUCGCUGACUCCUGAGAGUUUGCCUUCGCUGCAGCGUCAUCAAAGCUCGAGUCAUGUCUGCGAACGGCGCUAGCGGUGGUACGAUAGCGAAGCUGCAGCGGGCGAUACAAAAGGAGGGCAUCGGCUUCUUGUUCCGUGGCUGGACACCGGCGUGGGUGAGAUUGUCACCAAAUGUGAGCAUUGUGGAUCUAUCUGAAGGCGCCGUCGUGGCUGGGUGCUCCUUGUGAUGCUGACGCUGCUGUCCCGUAUGUGGCAUGCAGACAAUCCUGAUCUUCGUGAUCCUCGAGAAGCUACGAUUGAUGGUGGACGUUGCGAGGGAACAGCAGGGGCUGCCCUCACAACGAAAUCCAGGCAUUCCGGAUGUGUCUGGCAGCGCAGAGCAAGACAACAAGAGAUCAUAG